AUGGAGGAGAAGCCAGCGCAUAAGAGACUUGAGUCUGGUAACAGUCAUUCGCAUGGUGAAGCUCACGUGACGUGGGACGAAGAGACUAUUGCGCGGCAUAAUUUGGAUCGAGGCACGCGUAUGAAGAUUGACGAACCUGACACACCAUACCAUUACUACGCCGAGAGUAAUGACGCUGCAUCUCCUGCUCGUAGUCUCUCGGGUCGAGAGUCACAGCCUUCGAUUCAGUGGGACGAAUUGCAGUCGAAAUUGCAGGAUUUUAAAGAGAAUACGGAGAGUAAGUGGAAUGGCAGUGAUGAAGGAUGUUCAAGCACAACUUCUGGAGGUCUUGCUUUUGCUGCUCGUGAUGAAGAGGGAAAAAAGAUUGAAAAGGAUCCGCACUUUGCUGAGAUGCGUAAGAUGCAUUACAAUGAAUUUGAACGUGUACGUGCUUGGAAGAUGCAACAUGAAGAUGAAGACGAAGACGAAGAUCACGAUGAAGAGGAGGAAGAGAAGCAUUUGGCCGAUUGUUAA